CGUGACUAAUGUAACGUAAUGGCCCCAUAGCCCUGUCUGUGUGUGUAUGUGUUGUGCUGAAAGCAGAGCUGCAUUAAAGGCUUUUGGGGAGGCUGAAGAUUUAAAGAAAUCGGGUUUAUGAGUUUGCAACAGUUUCCCCCUCUUAUCAUGAGAGCUUGCAUGACCCUCAGUCCACCCUCAUUCUGCAGUUGAUGAUUCUCCAGCUGGCUUGGAGAUGACCGACAGCGUCAGGGCGUUCGUCCGCAAUGUUGCGACGGGGAUCAAGGAUUCUAUCCUGGGGAUCGGAACGAUCACCAAGCUGGAUGCUCGUAUCCAGCAGAAAAGGGAAGAGCAGAGGAGGAGGAGAGCGAGUGGUCCCUUAGCACAGAGGCGGGCCCAGAGUGAAGACCGCAAGCAUGAGAGCGAGCCCAAAUUAGCAAGUAGGAUUUUUCAGUGUUGUGCCUGGAAUGGAGGCGUGUUUUGGCUAAGUCUGUUUCUUUUCUACCGAGUGUUUAUACCACUGCUCCAGACUCUUACAGCCAGAAUUAUUGGUGAUCCCUCCCUGCAUGGAAAUGUUUGGUCCUGGUUGGAAUUCAUCUUGACGUCAGUGUUUAGCGCCCUCUGGGUCCUUCCAUUGUUUGUUCUCAGCAAGAUCGUCAAUGCCAUUUGGUUUCAGGAUAUCGCUGAUCUGGCUUUUGAAGUAUCCGGACGUAAAGCUCAGCCGUUUCCAAGUGUCAGCAAGAUCAUAGCUGAUAUGCUCUUCAACCUCCUCCUCCAGGCCCUCUUCCUCAUUCAGGGAAUGAUUGUCAGUCUUUUCCCCAUUGAUGCGAUUGGACAGAUGGUUAGCCUCCUGCACAUGUCUUUGCUCUACUCACUCUAUUGUUUUGAGUAUCGCUGGUUUAACCACGGGAUUGAAAUGCACCAAAGGCUGUCAAACAUUGAGAGGAACUGGCCAUAUUACUUUGGCUUUGGUUUGCCCAUGGCACUUUUGACUGCUCUGCCAUCUUCAUAUAUCAUCAGUGGCUGCCUGUUCUCCAUCCUUUUCCCACUUUUUAUCAUCAGCGCCAAUGAAGCUAAGACCCCCGUUAAGCUUUACCACUUCCAGCUCCGUCUCUUCUCUCUGGUCGUCCUCAUCAGCAACAAGCUGUUCCACAAGACAGUCCAUCUGCAGAGCUCUCUGACCUCCUCCAGCUCCAUGGAGAAACUUCCCUCGCCUCAUGUGUCUCCAACCCGCCACAGACCACUGCCCUCCCAGUGAGCGCCCUCAUCGCGGUCAGUUACCACUGCGCUCCGCACAGACAUGCUGGGUGAGGGUCGGUGGAAGACCUGCGUGGAUGGGAAGUUAGUUUGGUUUGUUUUGUCUGUGUUUUAAAAAAAUCGUCAUCCCUUUUAACGUCAGGAUGGAGGAUUAAGCGUGAUUGGACUGAAUUUAUUGAGUUUUUUGUUUUGUUUUAAAUGUGAAUGACUCAGAUUUGGACUGAUCUGAGCCUGUCUCGCGCACAGACCCCCACAAGGCUGCGAUUCGUAUUUUACAGUCAUUGUUGUUGGACAGUUUUCUUUUUUUCAUUUUUGUUUGUUUCUGUUUUCUUCUUUUUUUUUUUUUUUUUUACCCAUUAUGUGCCAUUUGGGUGAUUUUAGAGUCUUCAAAUCACAGCACAAAACAUUUACGUGCAUUUGUGUUAUAUGUUUGCCCUCAUUACUGCUCUUUUUAACUGUUCAUGGCCUUCUGUUUUAUUCUUUUAAUAGCACAAGAGAAGUCUAGAAGUCAGUCGUUGCACAUCCACAAAUAAGUCACACUAAUGAUAACUUAUAAGCUGUGGCUACAAAGGGUCUUGGGGGUUCAUUAAUAACAUGAGCAACAUAACAAUAUAAGAAAAUUACUUUCAUCCACACAUGGUUUCAUUUAUAAAACUGCUCAUUGGACCUUAUAGACAGCUGCUUCCUUUAGCAGAGAUCAAUUAAUGAUGAUCUUCACUCUUAAAUAUAAAGGUGCCUCAAAUGGUUAUUUAACCCUCUGGGGGCGAAAAACAUAUCAGCACACCAAAUUUGAUCUUUCUUGAAGGUUUUCUAUUUUAUUUUUUUUUUGCAAUGAUACAGCGUAGAAAUGUAGUUCAAACAUUUUCUACAUCUGUUGGGUCUGUUGUUUUAAUAGCAUCAUAUUAGAGAUCGCUGGUUCGAAUCCUGUUCAUGCAGCUUGCCAUCUGUUGCCGGAGCCCUGAGAGAGCACAAUUGGCCUAGCUCUCUCUGGACGGGUAGGUGGCGCUCUUUCUCCUCAUCACUCCUAGGGUGAUGUCGAACAGCACAAGGCGUUUUUGUCAGUGAGCUGAUGUAUCGGAAAUGAGUAGCUGCGCUUUUCUUCCGAGCGAGCUGUGAUGCUAUUCGGUAAUGCUGCAUCAGGAGCAGUUCAAAAAGAGAUGGUUGCUGACUUCACAUGUGUCGAAGGAGGCGUGUGCUAGUCUUCACCCUCCUUAUGUUGAGGCAUCACCUGAGAUGGGGGACAUACAGCUGACUAGCAGCUUAAUGAAUGGGACAAUUGGUCUAGUUAAAUUGGGAGGGAAAAAAAUAUUAUUAAUAGAAAUAAUAAAAAAAAAAAUCCCAUUUAUUUAUAUCUCUAAUACAAACAUGGUUCCUUAUUGACCCACGUUUCUACUAUGUACUAUGUACUUCACUAAAACUACCAUUUGAAUCACUUUUUUAUCUAAGAGUGUAGUAGUAAAAAAAAAAAAAAAGAGCUGCUUUUCUUUUUAGCUAAAGUCAGGGAGCUGAUCUGAACCUCCCUCUGAUCAAAUGUGUCAUCUGUAAUGGUUUGGAGAUGAUCAACAUCACCUCUAAAAAUCGAAAUGCACAAAAGUAGAUUAAGGUUUCAUCCUGCUGCUGUCCAACGACACGUUUAGAUCAACACGGUACCAGACUCUGUCUGACAGUGAUGUAUCCACUACAGUAGCAGAGGACGGUGCUUCCAGUUCCUGUUAAAAAGCUCCUGAGUGAUGAAAUCAAUGGGUGUCUUUCUCGCUCAACAGGUUAUAAAUGGUUUUACCUGAAGCACAUGUCGAGGCACCAUCUCAUUCUCAUUGUAUCCACUGGGUGAAGGAGUCGUGUGGGUUUUAUGUUUUUGUUUUGUCGUUUUUUUUUUUGUUUUUUUUUUUUGGGCUGGUAUGUGAUUAUUGUACAUUGCAUAGUGUUACAGAUGCAGGUUGAUAUUUGUGAGUGACGUUUUGUAAAAGUAUUACACAUUAUUUCAAUAAAAUUGGUCUGUAUGAAGAAUUUUAA